UUCUAUGGGUCUAUCAUUUGUAACACUAAUCUUACAAUGAGUGAAGCACUUAAGUAGUUUUUAUCACUCCUCCCUGAUGAUGAGAGAGUGAGAAAGCUAAGCUAGGCAACAAUACAUGGUACACAUGAACAGUAGACAUGAGCAGUGAGUGGUAUAGUGCAUAGACCUAGGUAUUGAGUUUCCGUAGCAUCCAUCUUUCCUUGGGAAGGAAAACUCUCAGUUAAGUUGCAGACACACACGUUAACCCUCUCUGUCUCCACCUGCCAUUAAUACUCAGCUUCACUGCUUGUGUUGUGUUGUUGAUGUUUGAGAGAGAGAGAGAACAAGCCAGCCACUGUUCAUGUACACAUUUUCAAGGGAGAAAGAGGAGGACACUGCAUCUGAAACCUGCUGCAUCUGAUUCCCACCUUUUUCAGUCUAUAGAGAAGAGACCAACAACCCAAAAAUCCCUAUUGUUCUGACUGUUUACAAUCUCUUUGGAGUUUUCUUCUCACAUUUUUUCACCUUCAAUUCCGGGAGUGAGUACUCUCUGGAGGACAAUUAUAUCUUAUGCAGUCUUCUUUUUCACAAACAGUCACUGAGUGAGAUAGGGUUUGGAGGUAACAGUUGCAGUGGUGUUUCUUCCUCUAUGGACAUGAUGAACAUGGAAACUAAUAGGAAGUUCCUUUCUCUGCCUCUGAGCAACAACAGCAACAACAAUUCUGGUCCCCAGAUGAGAAGGGUACCUGUUGUCAUGAGCAAUGCUCAAGAUCAUAACUACAGCAGCCAGCAACAGCAGGACCACAACACUAGCAGUAGUGUGAGGGACAAGAUCAUGGCUCAUCCUCUCUUUCCUCGUCUCUUGUCCUCUUACCUUAAUUGCCUCAAGGUUGGAGCACCUCCUGAAGUGGUGGCUAGUUUAGAGGAAUCAUGUGCCAAAUGUGAGUCCUUGAAUGCAUCUGGAAGGACAGGAGGUGGUUCCUUAGGUGAAGAUCCAGCUCUGGAUCAGUUCAUGGAGGCUUAUUGUGAGAUGCUCAUCAAGUAUGAGCAUGAGCUCACAAAACCCUUCAAGGAAGCCAUGCUUUUCUUUUCAAGGAUUGAGUGUCAGCUCAAAGCUCUAGCAGUUUCAACAGAGUUUGGUCAAAGUGAAUCAUCUUCUCAGAAUGAGGUUGAUGUGCAUGAAAACAACCUAGACACACAAGCUGAUGAUAGGGAACUAAAAGUUCAACUUCUGCGCAAGUAUAGCGGUUACCUCGGCAGCCUCAAGAAGGAGUUUCUGAAGAAGAAAAAGAAUGGAAAGUUGCCAAAGGAAGCUAGGCAGCAGCUACUAGAUUGGUGGAACAGGCAUUACAAAUGGCCUUACCCAUCGGAAUCUCAAAAGCAAGCACUUGCAGAAUCCACUGGAUUGGAUCUGAAGCAGAUAAACAACUGGUUCAUCAAUCAGAGAAAACGUCAUUGGAAGCCUUCUGAGGAUAUGCAAUUUGCUGUGAUGGAUGCAACUAACUACUAUAUGGAAAAUGUUAUGUGCAAGCCAUUUCCUAUGGAUGCCAUGCCAAUGCUUCUUUAAUUCCAUUUUACAUAUCCUCUCCCAAGCUAAAAUACUCUUAUCUGAACCUUGUUUUGUAUUAUAUAGAGCUCUGUCAAAACCCUAUCUAUUUUCAAGUUGUAGCCUAGCAUGCAUGGUUAUAAUGCAUGUUUUAGUUUAAGGCAGGGUCAAAAUCCAUGCUUAUCUCUGAACUGCUUCGGAGGAGUGAGUAUGAAGCUAAAUAGCUAAUCAUGCUAUGUAUUAUCUACGUACACUUUUUUUGAUUAUUGCGGAUGUUGUGUUAUAUA